CCCUCUCGUGCUCGUUGCCGGCGCGCCCGGCGUCGGCAAAACUUCACUCGUUCGCGCGUUUUCCGGAUCGGCAGCUCCAGCAAACUCGGAUGGCACCGCACAGUGGCAUAUUGAAACAAAAUACUAUCGCACUGAUGUUAACGUCCGCGAGUGCUCCGAUGCGUCAAUCGAGGCCAGCACUGGCAGCCAGCCUGAGGCGCUGGUGGUCGCAUUCAGCCUUAAGGAACCCAAGACGUUUACAACAGCUCGGGCAAUGGCGUGCCUCUUCGAUCUGGAGGCGGUGGAGGUGAAGCUGCUCGUCGGCACGCACGCGGAUGCUCUCGCUCCCAGCGCCAGCGCGGCCGAGCGGGAGACCUCGGAACAGCCCGCCUGGUUCCAGGAAGCUGCAGACUGGUCUAUACAGAACGGCUUCGAGCUCAUCAUCUGCUCCCCCGCCGUACUAGCUGUGGACGCGGCGUUAACGCUGGAUGGCGACCGGCAGGGCGUGGCGCGAGUGGUGGAGGCCCUGCAGGCCCACAUGUGGCCCAACCUAGAGCUUCUUGACAAGGGCAAGGAGGCAGCCGCCGCGGGUGGUGCCACUGCCUUGGAAGCUGCUGGCGCCUCCGGCAACGACGACGUGGAGGAGGAUGCGGACGCGGCCGGCAGCGGCUACACGGCGUUAGGUGGGGAGGACACAGCGGCAGCAGCGGCAACAUCAAGCAGCGGGCUUGAUGCGCCAUCUAAACCCCAACUCACCUCAACAGCACGAAACGCGGACGCCUCUGCCACCGCCAACGGGGGUUCCAAAGCGGCGGGCGGUGAGGCCGGCAAGCCAGCAGCAGCAGCCCCGGCCAUUUCGGAAACCGCACCUAUGGGCGCCGCACCAAAAGCCGGGGGCCGGCGCGACGAGGAGGUGGAGGACGAGGAGGCGGAGGACGAGGAGGCGGAGAAGGUGAUGGAGGGGCUGGAGAAGCUAAUGGAGGAGAUGCGGGGCCACAAGGACCGCCUGGGCGUCAUGUCGGACGAGGAGCGGCGGGAGCGGGCGGCGGACCUGGCCAUGCGCAUGAUGGCCAUGAUGGGGAUGGAGGACGGCGAGGACAGCGACGAUGACGAGUAGGCUCGUGACCUCCGGGUUUGGGGCUGCGCUUUGUUGGGUUCGACCGGACUUGUCGGUCGGCAUGGCUAAGGAAGUGGGCAGCUGCCCGGUGGAGAUUUGACGGGGCCGGCCUGCAGGUGCAAUCCGGGGUGGAGUGUGGCCUGGAGUACGAUACGGUCCGCUAUGGGGUGGCGCUCGUGUGCGCAGGGAAGGAAUGCACGUGUAUGCGCCUGCAGUGCGUGCGAUAACCCGCAAGCAGACGAGUUUUCCUGGGGACCGAUGAACAUCAGACCUGUAACAGUUGCAAAGG